UCCUUUGCAUCUUCCCACCUAACCUGUAACCGCUAAGUUGACUUGUCCUUCUGAGUUUGCAAACAGCGGGAUCUGUGCGAACCAGAGUGUGCUAUACUUUUGUUGUAGAGAACAUCUCGCUUUAAGACAGUGUAGGUCCACAAUACCGGCAGAUCUCUGAUGACGGAAGCACCUGCGGCCAACACCCGAGAGUGGGUGCUCAAUCCAGAGAGUGAAUACAGAUUCGAGCUUGAGCAGAGGACCUCCCUCGCGAUCAAGCUUAUACAAGGUCAUGCUGAGAUCUUUGGUGCCGAGCUCGUGGACGGGAAGACGUAUAUAUUCUAUGGAGAAUGCAAAGCAGCCGUCUUCACCUGGCAAGGAUGUACAAUACAGAUAUGCCAGCCUUCAACGGAUUACAUCUCAGAGGAAACACCCAUGGCCGCUUACGCCAAUCUGCAUAUAGCCUUUGAGCAGAUGCGGAUUCGAUCUUUGGUUCAGAUAAAAAAUUAUGACAAUGGAAGAAUCACGCCUCCUCAACAAGGAGAGAGCACGGAGCCGCCGCGAGUGCUGAUCCUGGGCCCCGAAAACUCAGGGAAGACGAGCAUCGCAAAGAUUCUAGUUAAUUAUGCCGCACGUGCUGGACAAGAAUGGACUCCGAUGUUGAUAAAUGUGAGCCCCAGUGAAGGCGGAUGCAUGCUACCGGGCACAAUCUCGGCUACUCCGAUACCCGCCCCAAUCCAAACUUCGACACCGGCACAUACUCUUGGCAAUUCAGCCACGACCGCACCUGCGCACAUGGCGUCGAACUCCUUGUUGCCUCUCGCGUAUUGGUACGGUCAUACGGAGACGAAGCGGAACCCACUCUUGCUCGAGCGCCUCAUCCGUAACUUGGGCGAGAACGUCUGGGACAGAGUCGCAGACGACCCUCAAGCCCGAGCGUCCGGCACCGUCGUCGACACACCUUCUUCGUUCGCCGCCGGCAGCGGCAGCGGCGCGGAGCACCACAGACAAUCACUCAUCAAAGCCUGCGUAGACGCCUUCCGAAUAAACGUGAUCCUCGUCGUCGGCCACGAGAAGCUGCACGUCGAGAUGCAGCGCACGUACGGCGCGCGCGGACUCACGAUCGUCAAGAUCCCCAAGUCGGGCGGCGUCGUCGAGCUCGACGCGCUCUUCCGCGCGCGCGUGCUGCGCGCCCAGCUGCACGCCUACUUCUACGGCGAGCGCGUCGAGCCGCCGCGCGGCCUGCCUGCGCCGCUCGCGACAGCGCCGCCCGCCGCGGGCUACCUCGUCGCGGGCGAGCAGCCGACGGACUUUACGCUCGCGCCUGCGAGCCAGGUCGUCGCGUUCGGGGACCUCCAGAUCUGGCGGAUUGGCGAGGAAACGAUGGCGCCCCAGUCGGCACUGCCCAUUGGCGCAACGCGCGUCGUGUCGGAGAUGCAGCCACUGCCCGUGGACCCCGCGCAGGCGGGCUCGGGCCUCUACAACGCCGUGCUCGCGCUGCUGGCCCCUCCGAACCCGGACGAGUCCGAACGGUACGACGAGGAGAUCCUCGACCUCCACGUCGUCGGGUUCGUCGUCAUCACAUCGAUCGAUCUACCGAACAAGAAGAUGACGGUGCUCGCGCCUACUCAGGGCUCGCUUGUGGGACGGACUGCGAUCGUGGGGGCUCUGGAGUGGCAGGAAUGAUUGGGGAGAUGCAGUCCGGUGUGUGGGGUAACAGAGGCAUUCAUUCGCUUCUGCAGGCUCGUUUUCAUGUACUAGGCAAACUUGGGGACUCUCCAAGACGACCCCAGAAGUACCACGUAUGCAGAGUUCAAAUUGCAAGCGCACGUCCGGCACGAAGUCACACGAAGGAAUGAACACGAAAGUCGCGGUUGAACGCGGUCGUAUUCAUUUGACAAUCCAGCAGCAAGCUGAACGUCUGCAAGUACUACACACAUUACGAGCUAACUACCGAAGAGCCUACAAUGCCGAAGUGUCGUAGUGUAGACGGUACAUGUCCCGUAGGGUCCUCGACGUCCUCUUUCUCCAGCCCGUCCAGUCCGUGCGACCUGUGGGAAGGACCAGUAGAGUACGAAGCGCCACAGUCAUGUGCGAUGUGUAAAGCGGAACGAGUGAAUCCACGUAUGGCCGCGUGGAAUGCAAUGCGGGAUGAAAGGGUAGGGGGGAGCGGGUCGUUAAGGUAGUCUAAUAGCAACCGAUAUCGAGUGCAAAUGCGGAUAAAUUAAGCGGAAGGAUGAACUUCCGGUGCGAUGAGAGCAAGCAAUGAGAGUAUGCGAAGUGUUACGAGACGAUGCCAGACGCGCGCGAGUAUAAUGUGAGCGCAAUGGUUGAACAGAGACAGCACGACAGCCAGCUUAGAGCUUGAGCUGCUUGGGCUUCUCCCAGGUGUAUUCGGAGUUACCUGUGAAGAUUGAGCUCAAGUUCAUCUCGCAAUAACAAUUUGUAUAAAACUUACCGAAGUGACCGUAGGCAGCGGUCCGCUUGUAGAUCGGCUUUUGGAGGUCGAGCUGUCGCACUGGAAAAAGAGUGAGACGGAUGC